AUGUAUCUCACUUCUGCACUCGUGGCUUUUGCUGCCAGUAUUACUGCUGUUUCCGCUACUACCGUCCCAGACGGUGUUUACAUGAUUACAAGAUUCACCAAUGGCACUGAAGUCUACACUCCCUCUGAAAACGGAGUUGCUCCCAUUGUCCUCAGCGCCGAGGACCUCUCGGCAGUACGAGCCGCGAAUCGACGCGACAUGCUCUCAUCAUCUACGCUCAACACGCUGUCCAAGCGCCGCACCGAUUGCUGGGGUUAUCAACUCGAAGAAUUUGGCAUCGAUAGGGCAUACGAGGCCCUUGCCGAGGGGUGGGCCGGUAACGGGCAGGAUGUCUGCUCAGAUGUACCAGGCCAAAGAAGAUACGUUGCAUCAUUGAGGAAUCAAAUGAUGGUCUACUACUGCGUCAACGAAUCCGGAAAAUGCGGCAAUUGCAACCGCGACGAUGUUUAUUACGCAAUGGCUCAGAUGGAUGCUAAAUGCCGCCGUUACGAAGCUUCGUGGUUUGGAUGGCCAGGAAGCUUUGAGAUCGUCGGCAAGGCAAGACAGGGAGAUAAUGUUUGCGCGGGUAACAUGAACGGCGUACCUUUCUAG